AUGAGCACCGAAACUAUCCUUAUCCUCGGGGGUUCCUUCGCAGGAAUCAGCGCCGCGCAUUACGCCCUGAAGCAUAUCCUCCCGCAACUACCGAAGAAGGACGGAGUGACCUACAAUGUUACACUCGUCAACCCCUCUAAAGAUUUUUGGUGGCGCAUCGCAGCACCUAGAGAGAGCGUUUCUAAGCAGAUGAUGCCUUCAGAGAAGACAUUCUAUCCAAUCGAACCCGCUUUCACCUACGCAUUCCCAAAAUUCAAGUUCGUCCAGGGGACCGCUACACACGUCGACCCCACCAGCCAGACGGUUGGUGUUGAAACCGCGUCAGGCGAGCAACAAAACAUCGAGUACGCCGCGCUUGUAAUAGCAACUGGAUUCACUACACCAAGCCCUCUGUUUACACAAGCUACCGAUCGCGAGGCCCUCGAGAAAGUACACACGGCCUUUCAGGAGGGCCUGAAGAGCGCGAAGACAGUAGUAAUUGGCGGUGGUGGCCCUGUGGGUGUCGAAACUGCUGGAGAGGUUGCUGAGAUUUUGAACGGUCGACCUGGUUUCAUGGCGUCUGCGCCCAAGAACCCGAAAGCAAAGGUCACUCUUGUCUGCGGUGACAAGAAGCUUUUGCCUCUCCUCCGCCCAGCUAUUGGACAAACUGCCGAGCAGUUCCUGAAGCGACUGGGAUGCGAUGUCACUUAUAAUACCAGGGUUGUUGCGUCGACCAAAGCGGGCGAAGAAGAAGGCGCGAAGACGAGGGUGGAGCUUAGCAACGGCGAAACGGUAGAAGCGGAUAUUUACAUUGAUGCAACUGGCUCUCGGCCGAACACUGGCUUCCUUCCCAAGGAGUGGCUCGACACGCGCAAUCGCGUAGCCUGCAACGACAAGACCCUCCGCGUCGAACACGAAUCCGCCGGUCCGCGUGUCUACGUCGUCGGCGACGCAGGGUCAUACACCCGUGGAGGAGUCAUGGACAUGUCCGAUGCUGUGCCUGCUGCCAUGACCAACCUCAAGAACGACCUUCUUGCCCACUUGACCGGGGAGCCUCACAAGGGCGAUCGUCACUACACAGCGAACCUGAAGGAGCAGCAGAUCUGCCCCAUCGGGACCCAGAAGGGUGUGGGCGCAUUCAAUGGAUUUAGGGUACCCAGCCAGAUGGUAUGGAUGAUCAAGGGUAGGGAUUACAUGAUCAGCCAGCUUGCUGAGGGCACGUUGAGGGGCGAUCAGUUCAAGAAAGAGGGAAAAUGGACGCCUGUACAGCAGGUCGGUAAGGCUGGACUCAGUUCAGGAUAG